AUGCCGUUCGACUUUCGCCGCGGUGGUGAUGGGCACCCACCGACGCUGGCCCGCCGCUGGCUGUUCGACUCGGACGAGCAGGCAAACCGCACGAUGUGGGCCGGGCAGGGCAACCACCAGCUGAACGUGGCCGACGUGGACGGCGACGGGCGCGAUGAGGUGGUGUUCGGGGCGAUGGUGGUCGAUCAUGACGGGCGCGGCCUGUACUCGACGCUCUGGGGUCAUGGCGACGCGAUGCACACGACAGACGUCGACCCGGCGCGGCCGGGCCUCGAGACGUGUCAGGUGCACGAGAAGGCCGCCUCCCCCUAUACGCUGGCAUGA